AUGAUAGAAAGAGUUUCCACAAAUCCACAAAUAACUUAUCAAUAUAUUCAAAAUAUAUUAAUAAUCAAUGAGCUUAAACUAUAUAAAAAAGAAGAAGAUAUAAUAAUAUUUCAACAAAUACAUUCUGGUUUUGUUGCGAUUAAAACAGUUAAUGAUGCAAAAAAAUUUUAUGAUACAUGGAAUCUUUACAUUUCAAAUAAUAUAGAUGAUGAUAAUUAUUUUCAAUAUAAAAGUAAAACAGAAGAAUACUUAGCAAUGUUAUUUGCAAAAUGGAUUAAAAUUAAUGUAGUAUCAGGAACAGAUUUACCACCUGGUAUUCCAGAUGCGAUUGCCGGAUCUCGUAGAAAAUGA